AUGGGCACUCCCGCGCCGGGCUGCAACGGCACCGUCUUCAACAUCCUCAAGGAGGGGAGCGGCGCUGAGGUGGCCAAGGGUGCAACGGUGACAGUGCACGCGACCGGCGUCGUCAAGGAGUCGGGCAAGAAAUUCUGGUCCACCAAGGAUCCUGGCCAGAACCCGUUCACCUACCGGGCCGGCGUGAUCAAGGGCUGGGAUCAGGGCCUCCUGGGCAUGAAGCUGGGCGAGGAGCGCCAAGUGAUUAUUCCGGGCGCCGAGGGCUACGGCGCGGCUGGCUUCCCUGCGUGGGGAAUCCCGCCGAACGGCACGCUCGACUUCACGCUCGAGGUGCUCAAAAUCGAGUAG